AUGCCGUCCAAAGGCCGGCCCACGUUACAAUCUGGCCUGGAUAAGGACGUCUACCAGGUGGUCCAGAAAUAUCUAGACGAUAAAGGAGAAUCACCACUGAAGCUGCGGGUCCAUACAGUAUACGACUAUAUCCAAAAGUCCAACUCCAGCUUGAAAAGGCGACCAAAGAAGCAGCUCGAAGACUCUAUUGACCGAGUGAUUGACGUCAUCCGGGAAAAUGAGUCUGGCGAUGAAGAAGAAGAUGAACUAGCUGAGCUCGAGGGAAACUUCACCAUGGACGAGCCCAAAGACGUUUCGGGUGACUGGAUGAACCGCCAGAUUGUUAAACAAUGGCCUACAUCCAAAUCCACUAAUGGCGAAAAGAGCAAGAAGAGGGAUAGCGGCAAGUCAAAGGAGGAGCGCGACAGCAAACGACAAAAACGCGCAGCCGCCCAAGAGAGUAAAAUCGAGAUUGCGGCACCUACCAGCGUAACCUUGGAGGACCUUGGAGGUGUCGAAAAGGUCAAAGGGCAGCUCAAAGAGCAUUUGGUGCUGCCCUUGCUGUGUCCGCAGGAGUACGCUAACCGGAAAAUCCCUAUACCUCGCGGCAUUCUCCUCCAUGGUCCCCCGGGAUGUGGCAAAACAGUCAUCAGUAGGGCGUUUGCGGCCGAGCUCGGCGUACCAUUUGUCGAAAUUCUUGGUCCUUCUGUCGUAUCCGGGAUGUCGGGCGAGUCAGAAAAACAGAUUCGCGAACACUUCGAAAGGGCCAAAGAGGUUGCGCCAUGCCUAAUCUUUAUCGAUGAGAUCGACGUAAUCGCGCCAAAACGUGAUAGUGCGCAGAGCCAGAUGGAAAAGAGAAUAGUGGCGCAGUUACUCAUCUCCAUGGACAGUCUGGCUAUGGAGGGUAAUGACGGAAAACCGGUCAUUGUGCUAGCAGCGACAAACCGCCCAGACAGUCUUGAUCCAGCACUUCGACGUGGAGGACGUUUCGACACGGAAAUCAACAUGGGCGUGCCAAGCGAACCGAUGCGCAAGUCAAUCCUUCAAGCUCUCACAAGGGAACCGAGGCUAUCGCCAGAUGUUGACUUCGACGUAUUGGCAAAGCGGACUGCCGGCUUUGUUGGUGCGGAUUUGAAAGACCUUGUGAGCAAAGCGGGAACUUGGUCCAUGGAUCGGUAUCGUUUGGCACUUGAAAAGCAAGCAGCCAGCACGGAAGGCGCCAUGGACAUAGAUAACGAAGCAGUCCCUAGUUCGGAAGCGCUCAUGAACAAGUCGAUUCGACGGUUGAUUCAGCGAGUGAAGGACACAGAGGCUCCACGCCCCGAAGGUUUCGAAGACACUGUCAUCUCCAUGGAGGCUUUUGAAGCUGUCCUACCAACAAUCAUCCCUUCAUCGAAACGAGAAGGCUUCGCGACAGUACCAGACACUACAUGGCGCGAUGUGGGUGCGCUUGGGGGUGUCCGCGAGGAACUCGAGAUGGCCAUUUGUGAACCCAUCAAGGAUCCUGCGAAGUUUGCUAAAUUUGGCAUCUCAGCACCUACCGGAGUAUUACUAUGGGGUCCGCCAGGUUGCGGUAAGACGCUCCUAGCCAAGGCUGUGGCAGCCGAGUCCAAGGCGAACUUUAUCAGCGUCAAGGGACCAGAGCUAUUGAACAAGUACGUUGGAGAAUCAGAACGUGCGCUUCGCCAAGUUUUCAUGCGCGCUCGCUCGUCUGUUCCAUGCGUCAUCUUCUUCGAUGAACUUGACGCACUUGUCCCGAAGCGUUCCACAGAACUUCACGAAGCCUCUGCCCGGGUGGUAAAUACGCUUCUAACGGAACUUGACGGCCUGUCCAUGCGGGACGGUAUCUAUCUCAUCGCUGCAACCAACCGUCCCGAGAUGAUUGACGACGCUAUGCUACGUCCAGGUCGGCUAGAAACACUGCUCUAUGUUGAGCUUCCCAAGCCAAGCGAACGAGUGGAUAUUCUCAGGUCUCUUAUUCGUAAACGCGGGGUCAUAAAUCCGGGGCUGGCCGAAAUUGGGCGCCAGGACGUCUGCAAAGACUUCUCUGGUGCUGAUCUGGAGAGUUUGCUGCGCAAGGCGGGCCAGCACGCCUUCAGACGACGAAGCGAGUCCAUUGAGGAGCUGGAUUUUAUCGAGGCAGCGAAGACGGUAAGGCCCAGUGUCGGCGAUGUCCAGAGAUAUGAGAGGUUACGAGAGAGGUUCGAAACGAAGCUAUUCAUCCAGAACGAGUAG